AUUUGACACCGAGACGACGGACCAACACGACAAGCUCGCCGGCGCAUGCGGGGAGCUAGGGGCCUUCUAUUCUUAGCCAGGAAGCGAGAGCCCGCCAUUUCUCUGCUUCUCUCUCGCCCUCACCCACGCGCGCGCGCGGUCCUCAAUCCUCUCUCCCUCGAUCUCUGCCGGCCGCGCGCGCGCGCACGCUCCUCCUCCUCCUCUCUUUCCCGCGUCCCCCCUUCCUUCCCCUCUCGAGAAAACCGCGCGGUAACCAGCCAACCAGGCGCCGACCCCGUCGCGCGCGCGCCCAAGAGAACCAACCGAGGCUUCGUGGCCGCGGAGACAUCCGCCCGCCGUCGUCAAGCGCUGGCGCCGGCGGGCCGGCUCCCGCCACCACCGCGCCCUGGAGGACAUGGCCGGAGCGCCGCCCCCCCUCCUCCUGCUGACGACCUCCUGCGUCCUCCUCGCGCUCCUCCACGCCGCCGGCGCCGCUCGCCUGCUGCUGGCCGCGCCGGGCGACGCGGACGCGCUCCUCAAGCUCAAGGCCGGCAUCGACGACGGCGGCAGCGGCGUGCUGCAGAGCUGGGCCGCCGGGACCAGCCCCUGCGAUGGCGACGCGUCCAACUGGGCCGGCGUCAUGUGCCACAAGGGCGACGUCAUGGGCCUGCAGCUCGAGAACAUGGGUCUCUCCGGCAAGCUGGACCUCGGCACGCUCGCCACGCUCCGCGGCCUCCGCACGCUGAGCUUCAUGGACAACCAUUUCGCGGGGCCCAUGCCUGACAUCAGGGACCUCGACGGCCUCCGCGCCGUCUUCUUCUCCGGGAACGGCUUCUCCGGCCAGAUCCCCGCCGACGCGUUUGACGGGAUGGGCUCGCUCAAGAAGGUGUACCUUGGCAAUAACAGCUUCUUCGGCCCCAUCCCGGCCUCGCUCGCCGGCAUGCCCAGGCUCCUCGAGCUGCGGCUCAACGAUAAUGGCUUCCAGGGGAAAAUCCCUGACCUCCCACAAAAGGAACUCAAGGUCGUCGAUGUCGCGAAUAACGACCUGGAGGGGGAGAUUCCCCCCAGCCUCAAAUCCAUGAACCCCGCCAUGUUCGCCGGGAACAAGAAGCUCUGCGGCGGAUCGCUUGGCACGAAAUGCUCUGCCCCGCCGACGUCUCCGUCGCCACCGGCGCCCGAGAAAGCCGGCACGCCUUCGACGCCCGCGACGCCAGCAACACCAACCCCGGCCGUGCCCCAACCCGACGAGAAGCCCACGCAAAACGACGCCGAGAAGCCCACCGAGAGGUCGUUGUCGGCGGGCGUCUUGGUGGCGUUGGUCGGCGUGCUGGCCAUCGUGGGCUUCGCGCUCCUGGCGCUGCAGCGGCGGCGAGAGUACAACACGGAGAACUUCGGCCCGGCCAUGUCGAAGAAGCCGUCCAUGAGGAAGAUCAACGCGGAGCCCGCCAAGCUGGACACCGCCUCCGCGCACGCCGACGCGCCUUCUCCAGAAACCGCCGCGGCCGCCGCAGCCGCAGGCGGGAGCAGCCGCGCGGGCGGGGCGGCGCGGAAGGCUGGGGCAGAGCAAGGGCGGCUGACAUUCGUGCGCGAGGACAGGGGCAGGUUCUUCGAGCUCCAAGACCUCCUGAAGGCGACAGCAGAGAUCCUGGGCGGCAGCGGCAACCUGGGCGUGUGCUACCGGGCGACGCUCUCCGGCGGGGAAGUCUCGAUCGUGGUAAAACGGUUCAAGGAGAUGAACCGCGUGGGGCGGGAGGACUUCGAGGAGCACAUGCGGCGGCUGGGCCGGCUCUCGCACCGGAACCUCCUCCCCUUAGUGGCCUACUACUACCGCAAAGAAGAGAAGCUCCUGAUGCACGACUACGUGCCCAAGAGGAGCCUGGCGCACCUCCUCCACGGCGAAGGCCGGGGCGUGAAGAAGGCCGUGGUGCACUGGAAUGCCCGGCUCAAGAUCGUCAAGGGCGUGGCCAGGGCGCUGGGUUACAUGUACGACGAGCUGCCGAUGCUGACGGUUCCCCAUGGACACCUCAAGUCGUCAAACAUUCUCCUCAACGAGGAGUUCGAGCCGCUGCUGACGGACUACGCGCUGGUGCCCGUGAUGAACCAGUCCCACGCCGCGCAGCUCAUGGUGGCCUUCAAGUCCCCCGAGAGGAAGCAGUUCGGGAAGUCGUCCAAGAAGAGCGACGUCUGGUGCCUCGGCUUGCUCAUCCUCGAGGUCGUCACCGGGAAGCCGCCGUCGUACGACACGAAGCCGGCAGCCACAACGGGGGACUCCUCUGGCGCUGACCAGCAGCCUCCGCAGAAGCAGAAGUCGUCGGCGGGGAGUAGUGCCAAUGCUGUUGAUUUGGCUGGGCUUGUGGCGUCGACGGCGGAGGAGGAGUGGCUGAGGACGGUGGUGGACGGGGACAUGAAGUAUGAUGAGGAGGAAGAAGGGGAGGAAGUGGUGAAGCUGAUCAGGAUCGGCAUGGCGUGCUGCGAGGGGAAUGUGGAGAGCAGGUGGGAGCUCAAGAACGCCGUGGAGAGGAUCGAGGAGCUCAAGGGGAAAGACCGCCGAGGGCCUGGCAACGAGGACAACUCCUUCUAUUCCUCCGUCAGCGGCGAUGGCGUCGCUGACCGCGACGAGGACUUCGGCAAUGUCGGCAUCCACUGAUCGAUCCGUCAAUCCAUCCAUGCAUGCAUCAACCGUUCAUCCAUCAUGCUCUUUUGCAUGCGCGCACGUUUGGAUCGGAUCGACUUCGAGAUUGUUGGGAUCGACUUGUUGUCUCAUGCGUGUUGACGAGAUCGAAACGAAUUCAUGUAACAUGUGUGUAUGCAUGUCGGGAACGAACCUAAACAUGCUUGGAACUAGUACUCGAUCGAUCAUCUGUACACUCUACCUUUGAUUUGAUGUUCAGUGGUAGCACUAACUUUUUUUGGUUAAAUUAAUCUUCUUAAUUUCAGUUC